AUUUAUUUCAUUUUUAACAUGCACGGUCAUUAAGAAAUAUUAUCACAAUGGCGGCCUAUAUGUUGUGUUUUGGGAUCUUUUCAUUUUUUCUCGUUUCAAUCCAAGGACAAAAGACAACCAAAACCAUCAGCGUUAACAAUGGAAAAAGGGCAUUUGUGUUCAGUGCAAAGAACCAGUUUAGUUUUCCAGGACCUAAAGAAACCGGAAGUACAGUUGGUGGUCAGACAAGUUCAUCGACCAGUACAAAUCAACAACAAAGCCAAUGGAAACAACAACUUCCGGUAAAUUAUGAACCUGGAAAAACACAACAACAACAACAACAACAACAAUUGCUGCAUAAUAGUCCUUCGCAGGAGCUUAUUCAACAAAACCAACAAAAAUUUCCCAACUCAAUUAAUCCGAUGAAUUCACAAGGAUUUCAAAGAAAUCGCAAUUUUGGAAUGGGAAUGAAUAACCAGCAGAUGAACCAAAAUACAUUCCAACAGCGACAACAACAGCAGCUACAACAAAUACAACAACAACAACAACAACCACAACAACAACAACAGCCUCAACAACAUCAACAACAGCCGCAACAACAGCCACAACAACAACAACAGCAGCAGCAACAUCAACAACAACAAAAUUUCGGUCAGCAGCAACCAGGUCAACCUCAAAGUAGUAAUACGAACCAGGGUCAGCAAUUUUUUCGACAACAACCCCAACAGCAACAGCAACAACAACAGCAAUUUAAUCAGAAUCAUAUGAAUAACAUUCCAAACGGACAUCAGCCUUUUGGAAAUCCCCAAAAUAACAAAUUUAACCAAUUCGGUAGUCAGCCUAAUGGAAAUGGUGUUUCAGUACUUUCGCAGAGUAGACCUGCUAAUGGUCCUCCUUAUCAAGGAAUGCAAGGCAUGCCACAGAAUCAGAAUGGCUUUCAAAACAAUCAACCACAAGGUCACAUGACUCAAUAUAAUCCACAACAACAACAACCAGGAAAUACAAUGUUCAAUCAAAUGCCAUCACAUGGACAAAUGGCUGGACCGCAACAUGGUCAAAUGCCAAUGCAAAACAUGGGACAGGGUAUGCAAAUGCCCGGACCACAAGUUUCUGGUCCAAUUCAAAGUCAGUCAGUAAAUGUAAUGCCUGGACAAACUGGACCAUCAGCGUCAACAGCAAUGGGCCAGCAGUUAAAUGUACAGGGACAAAAACCUUACAUGGGCCCUGGACAACCCUUUCAAUCCAAUCCUAAUCUGGCAGUAAUCGAUCAUCCAGUCAAGCCAACGACAACACCUAAACCACCAUCGUCGACAGUGGAUGGGGAAGGACUGGUUUGUAUGACCACUGCUGACUGUGAAGUGGGUUGUUGUUUUAAUACCACAGGACAGUUGUUAGAUACUACAACAUAUGGUGCUGGUGGUCCACAGGAAGGACGAGCUUCUGGAAAAUGUUUUAUAAAAUCUCCCGGACUUGGUGAUGUUUGCGAUGAUUUAUGUCCAUGCACAAUGGGCCACACGUGUUACAGACGUUAUACUCCUAAUUAUCCUCAACCUGGAAAGGCACCACCUCCUCCAAUUGAUCCAGAGACUGCACCUAAACCACAGAGAGCAUGUCUUCGAGCAGGUGUUGUCGACGCUGAAAGAUCCGUGUUUUGGCAGUGUUAUUUUGAUGUUGCCUGUUCUGGGCCCUUACCAUAAUUGACAAGACAAUUACUGUGUUGCAUAUUUCCUUAUUUGAGUCUUUAAUGCAUUGUUGCCAAUCAUAUUUUUCUCUAAAUUGCAAACAUUACAUAGAAGUAACGAUGUUUAAGAAGACAUUAUUCGUUACGUGUAUUCAUUACAUUGUACAUGUCUGUGAUCUUUGCGGUACGAUUUUUUGACUGCCGUCUUUCAUUUAUUUUAUGUAUGAAAUGAACUAUUUUUAUCAGACUGAUGAUACGUACGUGUAAUAAUAUGCCCAAAUCUUUUCAAAUCGACUAAGUUUAUUUCUUAUUGUAGGGAUCAUUAAAAAACACGUGAAAGACUCGCUGUAUUGAUUAUGACGUUGCUUUUAAAGAUAAAUACUGUAUAGAACAUCGACCGAUAUUAGAGUGAAGAAUAGCAUGAUAUCUCAGCAGUUUCAAUUCUUAAGAUAUGCAUUCAGUGAAUUAUCUUUAAUACGGUAUAGUUUAAUAUCGUUAUGUGGAUGCUUGUGUAUUUUGAAGUCUAUUAUACCGUUAUUUCGGAAUAAAUUGCUUUGAUUUCAUGUG